AAACAACAGAAAUCAGAUCCAAGCUAUAUAUAGUAAUAAUCAUCGCAGAGCCACAGAAGUUGGGUCAUCAAUUCGACAUUAGAAGGUAAAAGCAAAGGUGAUAGAACCCCCUUGAAUGAAAACCAAGAGCCGCAGCCAGAAAUGCGUGGAGGGAGACGACAUUAAUAACGUCAAAUCGGGUGUGGUUUGCGAUUAACAGACGAAAAAUGGCGGGUCGGAAGAAGGAUGUAAUUCGUCUCGAACGUGAAUCUGUCAUUCCUAUCCUCAAACCUAAGCUCGUCAUGACCUUGGCCAAUCUCAUUGAACAUAGCAAUGAUAGACAAGAGUUUCUCAAGCUUUGCAAGAGGAUUGAGUACACCGUCCGAGCUUGGUAUCUUCUACAGUUUGAAGAUUUAAUGCAACUGUACUCUCUCUUUGAUCCAGUACAUGGUGCUCAGAAACUGCAGCAGCAAAACCUAACUUUGGGGGAAAUCGAUAUACUUGAACAAAAUUUCCUCACUUACUUGUUUCAGGUAAUGGCGAAGAGCAACUUCAAAAUAACUACAGAUGAUGAGAUCGAUGUUGCACACUCGGGGCAGUAUCUUUUGAAUCUACCCAUAACAGUUGACGAGUCAAAGCUUGACAAGAAGCUGCUGAAAAGAUAUUUUGGGGAGCAUCCACAUGAAGAUCUUCCAGAUUUUUCUGAUAAGUAUGUCAUUUUCCGCCGUGGUAUCGGGAUGGAUAGGACAACAGAUUUCUUUUUUAUGGAGAAAUUGGAUGUGAUCAUUUCUCGCUUUUGGUCCAACCUUCUGAGAGUAACUAGGUUAGAUAAACUAUUUACAAAAAGAUCUAGCAGACAUAGUAAAAAAUAUCCCAAGAAAGAUGAUGAGACGAUCCAUGAAGCAAACAAUGAUGACUUUUACGUGGAGCGUAUUCGCCUUGAGAAUAUGGAACUGAGCUUUAAGAAUUUAUUGAGCAAGGUCACAAUCCAAGAACCAACUUUCGACAGAAUGAUUGUUGUUUACAGACGAGCUGGCUCUAAAACGAAUCAAGAACGAGGAAUUUAUGUAAAGCAUUUCAAAAACAUACCUAUGGCUGACAUGGAAAUUGUGCUUCCUGAGAAAAGAAAUCCUGGAUUGACUCCAAUGGAUUGGGUCAAAUUUCUCAUUUCUGCUGUAGUUGGUCUGGUUGCCGUGGUUACUUCAGUCGAGAUGCCUAAAGCAGAUCUGUGGGUAAUUAUCGCCAUUCUAUCAACAGUAGUUGGCUACUGUGCCAAGACCUACUUCACGUUCCAGCAAAACAUGGCAACAUACCAGAACUUAAUUACGCAAUCAAUGUAUGAUAAACAACUUGACAGCGGGAGGGGUACACUUCUACACUUAUGUGAUGAUGUCAUUCAACAAGAAGUGAAAGAAGUGAUCAUUUCAUUCUACAUACUGAUGGAGCAGGGAAAAGCUACCUUGGAGGAUCUGGAUCUGAGGUGUGAGGAACUAAUCAGUGAAGAAUUUGGUGAGAGGUGUAACUUUGAUGUGGAUGAUGCAGUUCAGAAGCUAGAGAUGCUAGGGAUUGUAGCCCGGGACACAAUUGGACGGUAUUACUGCGUUGGGCUGAAGCGAGCCAACGAGGUCAUAGGAAUGACGACGGAGGAGCUUGUGCUGAAGGCCAAACAGGGUGUUAGCACUGCUUGAUUCUUUGGUUUUUGGACCACAGAGAUUGUGUGUUAAUAAGUGCACGUCACGUGUUGUGUGUUUAACUUUGUUUCAUAGGUUAAUCGUUUUCUUCAUGUGAUCAUACUCUCGGAACUUGUGGCUGAUCAAUUUGUUUCCCAAACCCCA